AUGGCUAUCCAAUCGAUUAUGAUCAUCAAUAAGUCUGGGGGGCUCAUAUACAACCACAACUUCAUCGAGCCCCGAGGCCAGAUGAACAGCAAUGAUUACUUGAUCAUUGCAGGGACAUUGCACAGUGUUUUCGCAAUAGCUACCCAGUUAACGCCACUUGCGGUGCAAAUCAACAACAAAGCAGCGCAAAACGCAGAGUCAGAUGUGCCUUAUAUUGCUGGAAUUGGAGUGAAUACCGAAUCCAAGGGGGGUCCUCGAGAACUAGGAAGUUUCAUGGGACCUGACUAUUUCCAAGAGUCAUUCACGAACUGGAACAAGAGUGGUCUCAGGCACAUGGUCACGGACGAUUUUUCGAUGUUUGUGUUCCAGAGCUUGACGGGCUUGAAGUUCGUGCUAGUGAGCACCAACAACUUCAGAAGCAAUACCAGCGUAAGCAUUGCCGAGAAUUUGUUGCGGAAAGUGUAUUGCGUUUACAGUGAUUACGUGAUGAAGGAUCCUUUCUAUUCACUCGACAUGCCCAUUCGCUCUGAACUGUUCGAGUCCAAGGUCAAGGAGCUCAUAGACAAUUUGUGA